GAAGUCUUAUGUUUCCCCUUGCCUGGACCUUUUGACAGUGAGAGAAGUGCGUAUUUGUUUGCAAGAGUUGUGUGAUAGACAGUGACCUGUCUUCUGAAAAUAUCGGACAAUGGCCUCCAGCGGCGGAAUUCAGAUCCCGAGCCGUCUCCCGCUGCUGCUGUCCCAUGAAGGGGUGCUCCUCCCGGGCUCCACCGUCAGGUUCAGCGUGGACUCUCCACGGAACAUGCAGCUGGUCAGCCAGCGGCUGUUGAGGGGGACUUCUCUGAAAAGCACAAUCAUAGGAGUGAUUCCCAACACCAGAGACCCAGAGCACGACACCGACGACCUACCAACAUUGCAUAAGAUUGGUACAGCGGGAAUAGCAGUGCAGGUGGUGGGCAGCAACUGGCCAAAGCCCCACUACACCCUCCUCAUCACUGGAUUGUGCCGCUUUCGUGUAUCAAGUCUUCUUAAGGAGCGACCCUUUGUCCUUGCAGAGGUGGAGCAGCUGGAUAAACUUGAGCAGUACACGACCCCUUCUGGCACAGCAGAAGAUGGAGAGCUGGGGGAGCUGUCUCAGAAGUUCUACCAGGCUGCGUUACAGUUGUUAGGUAUGUUGGACAUAUCAGUUCCAGUGGUGGCUAAGUUCAGGCGUCUGUUGGACAGUCUGCCAAGGGAAACGCUACCUGAUGUGGUAGCCUCCAUGAUCCGAACCUCAAACAAGGAGAAACUACAGGUCCUGGAUGCAAUUACAUUGGAGGAGCGAUUUAAGAAGGCUCUGCCCAUGUUGACCAGACAGAUAGAGGGACUGAAACUGCUGCAGAAAACCAGGAAAAUAAGUCCUGACAACGAGAAGAGGGUGCUAUCGGUGCGCAAAGGUGGAAUUUUCCCGGGCCGGCAGUUCAGCCUGGAUGAGGAGGAUGAAGACGAGGAUGGCGAUGACACUGCGGCCUUGGAGAGGAAGGUCCAUGGGGCCAAGAUGCCUGAAGCUGCGCUUAGAGUUUGCCUCAAAGAACUCAAGAGACUGAAGAAGAUGCCUCAGUCCAUGCCUGAGUAUGCCCUGACCAGAAACUACUUGGAUCUGAUGGUAGAGUUGCCGUGGAGCAAAAGCACCAAAGAUUGCCUGGACAUCCAAGCUGCUCGCACUUUAUUGGACAACGAUCACUAUGCCAUGGACAAGCUGAAGAGACGCGUGCUGGAGUACUUGGCUGUUAGACAGCUGAAGACUUCCCUAAAGGGCCCCAUCCUCUGCUUCGUGGGGCCCCCAGGAGUCGGUAAGACCAGUGUGGGACGCUCCAUUGCCAGGACUCUUGGCAGAGAGUUUCACCGCAUCGCUUUGGGAGGCGUCUGUGACCAGUCUGACAUCCGAGGACACAGGCGCACAUAUGUCGGGAGCAUGCCGGGCCGCAUCAUCAAUGGUUUGAAGACGGUGGCCGUCAAUAAUCCAGUGUUCCUCCUGGACGAGGUAGAUAAGCUGGGGAAGAGCCUGCAAGGAGACCCUGCAGCUGCACUGCUGGAGGUUCUGGACCCGGAGCAGAACCACAGCUUCACAGACCAUUACCUCAACGUGGCCUUUGACCUCUCCCAAGUGCUCUUUAUUGCCACUGCAAACACCACGGCGACCAUUCCCCCUGCCCUGUUAGACAGGAUGGAGGUGCUGCAGGUACCAGGCUACACUCAGGAGGAGAAAGUGGAGAUAGCUCACCGUCACCUGAUCCCAAACCAGCUGGAGCAGCAUGGAUUAACUCCUCAACAGCUGCAUAUACCACAGGACACCACACAGAAUAUAAUCAGCAGAUACACCCGUGAGGCAGGUGUGCGCUCCCUAGAGAGGAAGCUCGGGGCGAUCUGCCGAGCUGUGGCAGUGAAGGUCGCUGAAGGUCACAGAGCCAACAAGACAGAGGCUUCAACCCCUGAGGGCCCAACACAGCAGGGGGACAAAGCAGCAGCGCCUCCUGAGAUGCCCAUAGUGAUCGACCACGUCGCCCUGAAAGACAUCCUGGGACCUCCUCUGUUUGAAAUGGAGGUCUCUGAGAGGCUCACCCUGCCUGGUGUGGCUGUGGGCCUGGCCUGGACCCCCCUUGGAGGAGAGAUCCUGUUCGUGGAGGCCAGUCGAAUGGAGGGAGAAGGUCAGCUCACUCUGACUGGUCAGCUGGGAGAUGUUAUGAAAGAAUCCGCCCAUCUGGCUAUCAGCUGGCUCAGAGCGAAUGCCAAAACCUACCAGCUCACCAACAUGGCGGGGGGUCCAGACCCGCUAGAAGGGACAGACAUCCACCUCCACUUCCCUGCUGGAGCUGUCACCAAGGAUGGUCCCUCUGCAGGUGUUACCAUAGUAACCUGCCUAGCAUCGCUGUUUAGCGGCAGAUUAGUCAGAUCAGACGUUGCCAUGACAGGAGAGAUCACGCUAAGAGGGCUGGUGCUGCCGGUGGGCGGGAUCAAAGACAAGGUCCUGGCGGCCCACAGGGCAGGAGUGAAGCGCGUCGUCAUCCCUAAACGCAAUGAGAAGGACCUGGAGGAGCUUCCAGCCAAUGUACGAGCCGACCUUGACUUCGUCACCGCCACAAACCUGAACGAGGUGCUGAAUGCUGCCUUCGAUGGAGGGUUUCCAGGAACAGCCAGUACCCACACACACCCUCAGCUGACCAGCAAACUGUAACACACUGAUAAAUGCACACACACAGUGACAAUGUGAAGUCCUAACAGAGGAGAGAGUGUGUCAGCAGCUUGGAGCCUAAUGAGUCUACUGAUAUGCAGUUGCAGAAAAUGAGUUAAUGCAGUUAAUGCGCACAGCUGUAAUCCUGACAGUCAUGUUAUUGUUUUAAGAUUCUUUGCUGUUGUGAUCUUUAUGAUCAGAUUAUUAUUUUCCUAUUGAA